CGGGAAGGGAGUGAGUUGCAUUCAUUGCAUUUCCAAGUUUUAUCUUGAUUCCUCAAUUUGGAGUUUGUUCUUAGCGGCCUGGGGGAACGUGUGCGUCUAUUUAUCUCGUUGUUCGAGUCAAUUCCGGAUUGCAGGAAAUUCAUUCGGAAUUAUCUUCCUCCUCGCGGAUACGUUCUCUCACCACCUCCUCCUCCUCCACCACCACAUAUCGAAAUGGCGCAGCUCGCCAUGGGCAGCAGGCUAUUGCGCUGCCAGAAUGCAAGCACGCUCGGCCAAGCCGUCGGUUCCUUCUCACAGAAGCGCACGUAUCUCACUAAAGUGCCCACCUUCAAGCGCGCCCCCCAGAAGCUGAAGCCCGGCCUCAUCAAGUUCCGCAAUGAGGUGUUCAUUCCGCUCAACCUGACGGAGCAGCAGAAGCUCCUGAUCUACCGGAAGAAGCACCAGGGCACCCUGGACGAGCACCCGGUGACGGUGGCGAUCAGCGAGACGGAGGAGUACCAGCUGCGGCCGAAGGAGUUCACGGCGCAGCCGCGCAACGCGGAGGCCAACGCGGUGAUCCGCCGCAUGCGGUCGGCGGAGGACUGGAAGGUGCUGCCGGCGUUCCUGACGGCGCUGCACCAGGUGCACCGCAAGCUGAACCUGGAGAUGGUGGUGCGGCGCGCCGGCCGCCACAACGCGAUGCUCGCCAUCCUGGAGGCCGCCAAGGCCAAGACCACCGGGUUCUCGCUGCGCGAGGCCCAGCUGGGCGAGAAGAUCUUUUUCGAGCUGCACCUGCGCGCCCAGGCCGUGGGCUUCAAGGGCCCCGAGCUCGACCGCCUCCUGUCGCUCGGCGAGGAGUUCGUGAACGUCAUGUCGCUGCCCCGCCACGCCAACCGCCUCCUGAGCCAGGACGCCCGCCGCCGCCCCGCCGUCAUCGCCGUGCUGCUCGAGCUCAGCGCCGCCCGCGCCCUCGACAAGUUCGGCGGCAAGGACGCCGACGGCCUCGUCCGCGCCUACAGCGACCGGCUGCUCGCCAGCUUGGAGCACAGCUUCCACCUGGACAUGACCCCGCCCCAGAUCAAGGUGCCGGAGCAAACCAAGCCGGUCGCGGGCGAGGAUUCGUCCGAGACUCCCGUCCAGACGGACGAGCAGAUCCAGAAGAAAGAGUACCGAAACUACCAGAAGGUCGAACUGCUGCUGGAGCAGAACGUCCCCAUCUUCCACGCCAUUAAGCUGGCUCAAAAGCUGCCCCUCAAAGCCACAACCUUGAAGGCUUUCCAAAAACACGAGCAGGCCCUGCGGCAGUGGAUUAAGAUCCAGAAGAAUGCUGCCCCAACGUUGUCCCGGACAAAGCCCGGACGGGGCUCCCGGCAGGUCACGGCCUUAGUCAAAUGAUAUCUCAAGCCAUGAUCGUUUUUGUCUAAUUUGCCGCCGGCUGUCAUGCCUCUUUUUCUUUCCCUUUUUUUGUACAUUACCAUGAUCUUUUCUCAGAAUCGCUCGGAGCUAUAUCUUGUAUUCGAAAAUAGAUGCAUAUCCCUUUCUUCAAUUCAUCGACAUACGAAAGCCUAGGCUAUACUCAUAAGAUUCUGAGGCGUUCAUCACGAUGCCGGUGCAAGAGUCAUUCUGUGUCGCCUAUGCAGGAUGGAACACAUAAUACACAGGGAAAGGUGGGGAAGUGCAAUGCAUAUAG